GGAAUUUGGCGUUGGAGCCGGUCUAAACCGAAACGGUGUUAACGUCGCUGCAGAUGAGGAGAACCGUCGGGGUCGAUUCCCGACGCCUGUGAUUACUCCAGGUGGGAAGCCAAAGAGAGCAAAAGAGAGCACAGAUCGCGGGGAUCAAGCCCCGUCACUGAUACCGUCUGUUGGUCGUGAUAUCGGGAUUUUACAAUUCGGGAUUUUACCACAGUGUUUGAAGCUGCGGCUGGAAAGCCUUGCGAGCAAGAAAGGGCUCAUCCAGGCUGAUUUCAAUAUCGGAAUAGUCCCCCGCGGCAGACUGUUGCGAUCAGCGAGGUCCGGAAUUAUGCUGAGGCUCUUGCGCCUUCGAAUAGGUGGCUCUGGAAAAGUCAAAUACUGCGGGAGGACAGGGUCGUUUCCCCACCUCGCAGGGUUCUCCGGCUCGAAGAGUUAAGCAGAGAGUAGCAUCACCCUAUCAGGUGGUAGACUUGGCGUAGGAUGGCUUCUCCAGAUGCUGCUGCAGGGACGGGACAGUCUGUGGAGCAGUUUACUUCACGGCCUGUUGCCUGUCUCAACUGCCGCCAACGCCGCUCUUAUUGUUCCAAAGAGAAGCCUGCCUGUUCAAGAUGCCGUGAUGCUCGAAUAAAGUGUGUUUAUGAGGGCACCAGGAAAAUACUGGUUAAUGAACCUUAUUUACGAGAAUUGGAAGCAAAAGCAAAGAUUUUAGACAGCAUGCAGCCUGGAGGCUCAUCUGCUACCCAUGGUCACCGCAACACCAACGACGAAGACGACGACUUUGAAGACGAGCAGCCUCUGCUUGAGCCAUUCACUCAGCUCAGUUUAGAUAAACCUUCUACGAGCUUCCAGGGCCCUGCCUCGUCCGAUAACUUCCUUCGCAAUGUGAGAAAGCUCUCAGGCUUCCAAGGUGAUGAUGGGAGCCUCGAUUUACCCUCAAAUUUUUAUGAGCCUGGCGCGCUACCUUCAAGGCGACAAACUGUAUUUAGCAUUCGCUCACGAUUACCACCGAUUGAUAUGGCACGAAGGCUCUUUUCAGCGCAGUACAUGUAUAUUGGCACGAUUUUCGCCUUUACCGAUCCCAGAGAUUCAUUUGAGCGCUUGCUUCUUCAGGCAUAUAGGGGGCCACCCGAUCCUUCUGAUAAAACGGAGUGCCUAGAAUAUGCCAAAGUUCUACUCGUACUGGCUUUUGGACAGUUAUACUCUGUCAAUCAAUGGGUAGACUUUCGAGGGCCACCAGGCUUUGACUAUUUUAGAGAUGCGGUAAAUCUUCUUCCUGAGACACACGAAGAAGGAUCUAUCCUCUGCGUCGAGACUUUAGCUCUCGCAGGAUACUUCAUGCAGAAUAUGAACCGCAGAGAUGCGGCGUUUCAAUAUAUUGGCAAAGCUCUGCGCAUGGCUAUUUCGCUGGGCUUGCAUCAGGAAGUCAGCCCGCACUACUAUUCACAACAAGGCUCAGAACUGGACAAAACGGCCAGAGAGCAUCGCAGGCGAGUUUGGUGGUCCAUCUAUAGCCUUGAUAGGAUCUUGUGCGUCAAAUCUGGCAACCCUAUCACUAUCCAAGAUGAAGAUAUAGGUGUAGAUUUGCCAUCACCACUGCCGGGAGACCCCGAAUAUUGUCCUGCCGUCGUCUUACGACACUACACCGAGCUUUCUCGCAUCCUCGGCCGGAUUCAUAUGACGAUAUAUCGGAGAUCGAACAAAUCGGCACCAAAAUCCGGCAAGAGCCUCAUGGCGUCAGUGCAAAGCAUCAUUUUCUCGCUUUCAAAAUGGAAUCGUGAGGUGCCAGAUGACCUGCGCUUCGAUCCCGCGCAGCUCUCCUUUAGUCGUGAGAGUGUCGGAGCUCUUGCGCAUUACUAUCAAUGCAUCAAUAUGACUGUGCGGCCGCUGCUUUUCCACGUCGUGCAGAAACGUUUACAGGCUAUUCGAGGUGGAGGCGGUGCAGCAGAGAAAGAGCGCGACUGGAAAGAAGGGCUUUCGCAAACGACUGUGAGGGUCAUAGAUAUGUGUAUUGGAGCUGCGCAAGAUGUGAUCAAUAUGAUGGCAAUCGUAGCUCAGAGAGAUAUGGUUGCAACAUAUGGUUAUAUGGAUGGUGAACACAUCUUCUCAGCCACAAUUGUACUCGUCAUGGUAUGCACAGCAUUUCCUGAUAAUACUGCCAAUACACUUGCUAUGACGGCUGGGCUUGGCCUGCUGAGAAACAUGGGCGAGAGAGGUAACAGCCACAUGGGUGCUCGCUAUGAAUUGCUUGUGAGCAUAUAUUCCGGCUCAAGCAUCACACCUCUCACCGCUCCUCACCAACAGCUUGCCAUGAUGUCGCCUAACUCUCAAGUGUUGGAAGCCUCCAUACAAGGCAAGGGCGUCGUCCCUCCGCGAAUAUCGAUGGCGCCAUACCCUAUAAACGCAUACGACAAUAACGCAAGCACUGCAAAUAUACCUCUUACUUUCCCGGUUGUAGAUAGCAACGCGUUAAACGAACCGUUUUAUGACGACAGCGUGAAUACGGGUAUGGAUUUUGGACUUUGGGAAGAGGGCUUUGCAUACCCGACAAUGGAUUUAGACAUGGACUUGGCGCAGCGCACAUCAACGAUUGGGGGGACUGGCGGGACUGAUAUUCGAGAGUGGAUGUUUGAUUUCAUGGGCCAAGGCAGUUCAGCAUGAGAUAUUGUCUAUGUAGAGUGUAAAGUCGAAUAGAGAUAUCAUCAAGUGGU